AUGUCUGUGGGUGGUGAAUGGUGCCGCACUGGAGCUAGCAAGGUGUUCAAAUCAUGUCUGUGGGUGGUGAAUGGUGCCGCACUGGAGCUAGCAAGAAAACAACAGCCGCUCACCGAGAUACACACAGCCAGAAAACAACAGAAGCUCACCGAGAUACACAAUGCAACAAAACAACAGACGUUUACCGAGACACACAACGCCGCAAAACAACAGACGCUCACCGAGACACACAACGCCACAAAACAACAGACGCUUACCGAGAUACACAACGCCAGAAAACAACAGACGCGCACCGAGACACACAACGCCAGAAAACAACAGCCGCUCACCGAGAUACACACAGCCAGAAAACAACAGAAGCUCACCGAGAUACACAAUGCAACAAAACAACAGACGCUUACCGAGACACACAACGCCAGAAAACAACACGCUUACCGAGACACACAACGCCACAAAACAACAGACGCUUACCGAGACACACAGCGCCAGAAAACAACAGCCGCUCACCGAGAUACACACAGCCAGAAAACAACAGAAGCUCACCGAGAUACACAAUGCAACAAAACAACAGACACCCUCGCCGAGAUACACACUGCCAGAAAACAACAGACGCUCACCGAGAUACACACCGCCAGAAAACAACAGACGCUCACCGAGAUACACACCGCCAAAAAACAACAUACGUUUACCGAGACACACACCGCCAGAAAACAACAGACGUUUACCGAGAUACACACCGCCAGAAAACAACGGACGCUCACCGAGACACAAAACGCCAGAAAACAACAGACACUCACCGAGACACACAACGCCAGAAAACAACAUACGCUCACCGAGAUACACACCGCCAGAAAAAAACAAACGCUCACCGAGAUACACACUGCCACAAAACAACAGACGUUUACCGAGACACACACCGCCAGAAAACAACAGACGCUUACCGAGACACACACCGCCAGAAAACAACAGACGUUUACCGAGACACACACCGCCAGAAAACAACAUACGUUUACCGAGACACACAACGCCACAAAACAACAGACGUUUACCGGGACACACACCGCCAGAAAACAACCGACGCACACCGAGACACACACCGCCAGAAAACAACAUACGUUUACCGAGACACACAACGCCACAAAACAACAGACGUUUACCGGGACACACACCGCCAGAAAACAACCGACGCACACCGAGACACACAACGCCAGAAAACAACAGACGCACACCGAGACACACACCGCCACAAAUCAACAGACGUUUACCGAGACACACACCGCCAGAAAACAACACACGCAUACCGAGACACACACCGGCAGAAAACAACAUACGCUUACCGAGACACACAGCGCCAGAAAACAACAGACGCACACCGAGACACACACCAGAUACUAG